GUCCCAGACUGUCGACUGUCGACUGUCCUUGGCCAAAGGGUGAAUGUUCCGGACGACAGCGACUGCCGCAGCUGCCGGCGCUGCUCGUUCGGCGCAACAAGAUGACUCGGACAGAUUCGAAGAGCUCCCGCCGGAUCCCAAGCCUGCAAGCGCAAUAGCAUCACCGACUGAACCUCGUCAGGAACUCAGAGCAGCUAUAGACUACAAACUGUCUGGCAAUGCAGCCUUUGCUCGCUCUAGCUGGGCGGAAGCAGCAGACGAGUACCGACUCGGCCUCGCCAGCCUGCCUGCUCGUCCUGUGCCACGCAGGAAGCUUGAUCCUACAAGUGGCCAGCCUGUCACAGCCCGAGCGAGCGACAAGAUCAGACCAGAGCGAGUCAGGCCGCCAAAGAGGCGAGAUCCGCCGCCUACGCCUGAUCCUUGGUCUGCCGAGCCGUCCAAGCUCGAUAGCUCAGACGAAGACUCAGACGACAAGCAAGACCCCAAUCUCAUACCAGCGCCUGCCGUUGAGCCCAUCGAGGAGGAAGAGGUCCCGCCGGAAGCAGAAGACAUCAAGCAGCUCCGCGCCGUCCUCAAUGGUAAUCUCGGUGCGAGUCUCAUGAAGAUGAGUUGCGACAAAGAGGCAGUAGAAGCGCUCACUGAUGCUCUCACUGACGAUCCUAAUUAUGUCAAAGCACUCCAUCGGCGCGCAAUGACCAACGAGCGCAUUGCAGGCUGGUCGGGCUAUUCUGCAGCCCUCGAAGACUGGAGAAAGCUAUCCAAGUUGUCCAAAGCGCCGCCCUCGUACACUCACAUCCAGCGUCUCCAGAAGCUGUCGGACGAGGCGAGGGACAAGGAGACAGCAGAAAUGAUGACCAAACUCAAAGGUCUCGGCAACUCUUUCCUCGGCAAGUUCGGUAUGUCGACCGACAACUUCCAGUUCGUCAAGAACGAAGACACGGGCGGCUACUCAAUGAAUUUCAACCAGAACGCACGAAAGUAGAUAUGAGAAUGACGACAGCUUCUGUUGCUUGUAAACACCAAUGCCAUCUGAUCAUGCUUCCUCUUCAUCGUGCUCCACAAAUUGCUGCGUCGCUUCGUUGUACGAUCUGC